CAGCCUUCCUGCUUCCACGGGAGCGGGUCUCGCCACGGCCUCUCCUUUUUUCCCGCGCGCGUUUUCCGCUAACCGAUCUCCUGCGUCGCGUCUGACGGAGGCGAGCUGUCAAACGCGCGCGCGCGCGCGUCCGCGAAAACGAUGAAGUACCACCGCAUAGAAACGAGCCGACUUCCGACGACGCUGAUAUGCGUCAUCGUCGUCUCCCUCGGGAUCGCGAGGGCGACCGAGCCCUUGCCCUCUGCCCUUUUAGGCGGCAUCGGUAACGUCGCGAACACCGCAACCAAUUUCCUAACGGGAAUCGUGCAACGGCAAAAAGAACUAUUGCAUCGCGUUACGGACACUGCCGCGGAAUACAUAACUAACGCAGUGGAGAGACCGAGAAAUUUAUUAAUCAACGCCACCAGGAUGACGACAGGAGUCAUCGACAGCGCUGCGUCGAAGGGUCUCGAAUUCAAGCUGAGAAGAUUCCUGGAGAAAUUCCGCGCCCGAAUGCGCAACGGCAUCCCGGAGUUGGGUAUACCUCCGCUCGAGCCGUUCACGCUCGACGAGAUCGACAUCGAUACGGAUAAUCCGGAAAUAGGAAAAGUGAAUCUAGUGAUCGAAAAUCUGGAAUUGAGGAAACUAUCGACUUUUCUGAUCGACCGUGCCAAAUUGUCGCUGAUCGGCCCUACGAUCUCCGUCAACAUUUCCAUUCCCGAGAUCCUGGCGACCGGUUAUUACAACAUAUCCGGCAUUUUGGGCGACAUGUAUCCCCUACGAGGCGCAGGUCCCUUCGAAACAACCGUACGAGAUUUCCGUGUGUAUGUAAACACCGUGCUGGGCUACGCCAGAGGAAUGUACAUGAAGAGAUUCGACCUCGACUUUUCAUUGCGUGCCAUCGAGAUAUAUCUGGAGAACUUUAUGGGCGGCGAGAAGAUCGGGCAAAUUAUGAGCAAGGUCUUCGAGGAGCUGACACCGGAAGCAAUGGACAUUAUUAAACCGGAUAUACUGCCGCCGAUUCAAGAUUACGUAGCGGCUCACGUGAACGAGACGAUCCAUCAUCUCAACAUGAGGGAUCUGUUUCGCGUUCUCCUGGGCGAAUACGAAUUCGGCGACAUCACGCAUUUAUUGAUACCCUGACAAAAAGAUCCGCAAAAAGUGGUGAAAAAAUAUCGCCGAGUUAUCGGGUCGCGCAACAAUUACGAGCGCAAUAAUACGAGCUUAACGCGACUGACAAUGCCCGAAGACUGUCUUCGUUCAAGGUAUAAGAGGCUGAAUAAUCGCUACCGAAUACGUCAAAGUCGAUAGAAUACUUCGGUGAAACAGAACAGAGUCCGAUCGACUUUAAAAAUCGGCUCUGUUAUACGUAAUUCGUGCAUAACGACAAAUGCUACAUAGAAAUGUCAUGCAAUAAACAAUUUUUCGCACUCACCGACCGGUGCAAUAGCGGAGUGUUAGCACAUCGAUCUGAAAACAAAACAUUCAAAAUUAUGUAUAUACGUUAUAUAUAUAGGGAAAUGCCUACUAAUGUACGAUAAUGAUUUUUCAAAAGUAAUUAAUAUACAUGAUUUUUUUUAAUUGAGUA